AGUAAAAAUAAUAAUAACAUGCCAGCGACUACUUCAUUAAUUCAACAUAAAAAAUCACGCUCAACUAAACCUAAACUAUUCCAAUGUACUGGGUUUGGUUCAUGUCAAAUGGUGUUUACUCGUUCAGAACAUUUAGCGAGACAUACUCGAAAGCAUACGGGAGAAAAGCCUUUUCUUUGUGUAGUACCUGGUUGUACUAGAAGAUUUAGCAGGUUUGAUAACAUGAUGCAACACACACAAACACAUAAAACUACGCGUAGUAAAUCACCUUCAUCCAUCAUUUCAUCAUCCUCAUCCGUUACAUCAAUAUCAUCCUCUGCAUCAACAAUAUCAUCGAAUACAUAUGAACCUGAAAAUACACCUGAAUUUAUCACCCAACAACAACAUAGCCUUCACGCUGACUCUUCCGAUGAGGAAGGUCCCAUCAUUUCUUCACCAUCACCAAAGCCUUUAUUAAAAGAACUUCACUUGACACAGGAUGAAUUUGAGGCUCUUCAGGGCUUUGGUAGAUUUAAACACACACCCAUCUUCAUUGACUCCUUCCGAGACUUAGCGUCUGUAGUCUACAUCGAGCCUAAUCCAGUUCGCUUUGCUACUGAUCAAUCUUAAAACCCUUUCUCUCUUAUCAUGAUUAUACACAUAAAAACACUUCUUUUUCAUAUUCUCUUCUUAUUAUAUAAUAUUCUUUUUCCCUUCUUGUAACUUAUUUCUCCUUUUUAUUAAAAAAAAAAUUUCCUGUCAUUAAAAAAAAU